AGUCAAUGCUCCGCGUACAGACCGCGUAAACGUGUGAUGCGAUCAUUGUCGUCCACUCUGGCGAGUUUGAAGAAAACCAUUAUUAAUAGCAUUAACUAACUAGUAUCCGUGUCCGGGUUGGAUCCGGAUCCGGGUCAGAGUAAAAGUCGUUAACAGGAUCCGAUAAAGACGGUGUUUCUCUCGUUUCCUCGCUGACACUUCUCUAAUCUCUCUCUUCUUCUUCCCUCGAUUUGAGAGAAAAUAAAAACAAAAAACAGGAAUCUAAACGAGAAGAAAACGAAAACAAUGGCGGAUCAACUCACCGACGAUCAGAUCUCUGAAUUCAAGGAAGCCUUCAGCUUAUUCGACAAGGAUGGUGACGGUUGCAUUACCACCAAGGAGCUGGGAACUGUGAUGCGUUCUCUAGGACAGAACCCAACCGAAGCAGAGCUUCAAGACAUGAUCAAUGAAGUUGACGCUGAUGGUAACGGCACCAUUGAUUUCCCCGAGUUCUUGAACCUCAUGGCCCGUAAGAUGAAGGACACCGACUCCGAGGAAGAGCUCAAGGAGGCAUUCCGGGUGUUUGACAAGGACCAGAACGGUUUCAUCUCAGCCGCUGAGCUCCGUCAUGUGAUGACAAACUUAGGUGAGAAGCUCACUGACGAAGAGGUCGAUGAGAUGAUCAAGGAAGCUGAUGUUGAUGGUGAUGGCCAGAUUAACUAUGAGGAGUUUGUCAAGGUCAUGAUGGCUAAGUGAUAGUAAAGGUUUUGGACCCAAAAAGAAAAGUCCCAAACUUGGUUUGCUAAUACUCUUUAUGUGAUUCUUAUAUUACUGUUAUGUUUUUAAAUUCUUAUUCAUGGGACUCUCUCUGGUCUGUUUUCUUUUAUGCUCUCUACAUUUGAAGUCUUGCUUUGUGUUCUUAUUGCUAUUUGUAAGUUGUAACUUGGUCUAGUUUCGUGGUUUCUUAUUAAUGGUCUCUCUCUAGUAAAGCAUUGUAUCAUGGUUUUGUUAAAUGCGGUUCUUCUUUAAAGUGUUA